GUUGUAUUCAGUGGAGUAAGAGGAAGUAGUUACCGAGGUGACAUUGCAUUGGAUGAGAUUUCAAUCACAUCCGGUCAAUGUUCAGGAUCUCCAGGCACACCAAAACCUACAGUAACACCAAAACCUCCAUCAGGGUCAUGUGGCCAGAAAGGAUAUGGUCUGAGUGACUUCCCCAAAAUUGUCGGUGGUCAGGAAGCCACACCAGGUGAAUGGCCAUGGCAAGUAGCACUUUUGCGAGGAACAUUCCCAUUCUGUGGUGGUUCACUUGUUUCAAAUCAAUACGUUAUUACUGCUGCUCACUGCGUCAAAUCAACGGACUGGAAUCGCGUGACGGUAAUUAAAGAUUAUAUUAAUCGUAUCUGGCCAAGCCCAGUGGUAAUAUUCCCUGACGGUAUCCUAACUGUUAUUACCACUUUCGGCUAUAAUUUGAGUUCAUUGAUAAUAUACUGACUAACCAUGGCCUAUCGAAGGGAAGAUGUCUGUCAAACUCAUUAGAAUAACAGUUAUCUAUGCUAGUCAACGUUUGUUCCUAAAUCUGGCCCUUCACCGUCACGUGUGUGUUGUAUUAUUGCCCUGCAACUAACCUUUUUUUAGUUUAGCUUAACAAUGUUUUAGGAAGGUUGCAUAUAUAUCCGUGACUCAAACAAUAUGGUAAAUUGGAAAUUGCUAUUGGUGGAUUUGACAAAAAUACAAUAUGCACGUGACAGUGAAGGACCAGAUUUAUGAAUAAAGGUUGACUAACAUAUAGAUAAUGAGUUAUAUUGUUAUUCUAAUGAGUUUCAUGGCCACGCAUCUUCCCUUUGAUAUAGGCUAGGAAGUAACUGAGCCUUCGUAUCUUUCCAAUUUGAAUAAAACUAUUGAAAAGAGAAACCUUUGUUUAUAGUCUUCUAUGGUUUAUAUACAUUCUUCUUUUUACAUUUUCAGUCACACUUUGUUCUGACAAAUUUCCCAUUUCAGAUCAGAGUAGGUGAACAUGAUAUGCGUGUGAAGGAAGGACAUGAACAAGAUAUCAGUAUUGCAAGAAAUGGCAUUACAGUUCAUCCUCAGUACAACAGUAGAACAACGGAUUAUGAUAUUGCAGUCAUCAGACUUUCCAGAAGUGUUCAGUUUACACAAAGGAUAAAGCCCGUCUGUUUUAACAGAGGCAUUGAUUUCACUGGUAAAGUAAUGUUAUUUUUAGAGCAAUAUAGAAACUUAAGCCGAAAAGGCGAGGUAUUGAAUGCUACUAUCAUUAUCAAUAUUAUCUUUAUCACUCAACAGCCCAAGUAAGGGAACAUUGAAACGUAGCGCUUUUCAUGUGCCGCUCCUAUACAUUGCAUGGUUUAGCUGAAAAAUUCAAGAGCUGGUUGUACAACGGGCAGCCAUGCAGUGCUAUAUCCACCGAUACUAAAAUUGUCCGUUGAUUGGUACAACCCUGAUUAAACUUCAGUGUAUAUAAAGUAAAGUUUCUUUUUAUAUAUUAGUUAUAAAUGUUAAACUUUUCCACCUUUUUCAACGACAAAAAGACCAGAUUACAGGCGCUCUUUGUUUUUCUACUGGUAUUACGCCUAUUAGCAAAAUAGCAAUUCAGAAUUAACCAAUGAACAAUACAUUAUCACGACACAAAUGCGUGUUUAUGGUAAUGCACUUGAUGGUAACCUCCCUAAGCAUUGAGCUCAUAAGGUCUUGAACGCUACCUCCAAAACAACGUUCGUAUACAUAUAUAGAUCAAAUACCGAAGUUAUGGUGUUUCUAUAUAGGUCAACGUUGUUAUAUCACUAGAUGGGGCAGACUGCAAAGUGGAGGAUCAACGCCAAAGGUCUUACAGGAAGCUCAAGUUCCUAUUGUAACUCCACAAGAAUGCAAAAAAGCAUACGGCAGCUCGCGCAUUACUGAUAAAAUGCUGUGCGCUGGAUAUUCUCAAGGUGGUAUUGACACUUGCCAAGGUGACAGUGGAGGUAAGACUCAAGAACAGAUAUGAUUUGUUCGUCUGCACAGUCAAAACGACAUGCCAGCAACCACUAUGCAAGAUCUACAAUCCAGACCAAAACUUAUGUGGACACUUAAUCCAUAAAAAUAAUAACAAACAGCUAAAACCCGAACUCACAGGCAUACCACCCCCCCCCUCCCCUUCUUCAAUUUUGAUAUCCGAAUUAUAUACACUUCUUAUUUGAUUAAAAAUCCCAUUCAACAUUGGCUUGUAGUGGGGCCGGAUAAUUAUUUAGAAAAAACACCACUUGAGUCUUGAGUCCAAUGUCUGUGGGUUGUCCACAACGUUUUGGCCAGGAUUGUAGUUGCCCCAUAUAAUUGCCACAGGUAAGAGUUUAAACCUGCAAAGGUACAGUGUGCCACUAACCAUUUAAAGGCAACCGUUUAAACCGACCUAAUUCAAUGUUGUCUUCCUUUCGCAGGUCCACUUGUUUGUCAACAUAGUGAUCGGUCAUGGUAUCUUACUGGUGUGACGAGCUGGGGUCGUGGAUGUGCAUCUGUCGGAUACUAUGGAGUUUAUGCUCAUGUUGCCAACCUUUACCCCUGGGUGAAGCAAGUUACAGGACUUUAA